AUGAUCCGGUUAAGGGUGGUGUUCAUCCUGUUGACGGUGAUCGCCGCGACCACCAGCACACAAGCCAUCGACUGGACCUUCUGGAACGAUGACGACGAUUCCACCGCCUCGUCCGGCUCGAGCACGGGCAUGGAGACCCUGUCACCCGAAGCGCUCAAGAGUAUGAUGGGCUCCGACUACAUGGACGCUGUCAAGUCCUUGAUCUCCUCGGGCCAUGGCUCGGAGUUUUCGGACUCGGACUCUGGAUCAGACUCCUUCAACAAGGCUACGGACGCGCCUACUUCGUCGGACUCGUCCGACUCCUCCUCGGGCUCCGACAACUCGGUGGUGCCCGCUUUCUCCUUCUCGGGGUCUGGUGCGGACUCGAUCCCUCCGGUGAGUGAAAUGGCCUCGCCUUCGAACGCUGUGAGCACUGUCCGGUCCAACUACCGCAACUGGGUCGGACCUUACAGCAAAGGCGGAGACUCGGCUUGCUACCGCGAAUCCCACAUCAUGGACACCUGCCCGAGCAACUUCGACCGCAACGACCUGACCAACACGUGCUGGACCGAGUGCCCGAUGGAGUACCCGGUUGAGUGCGGCAUGCAGUGCAUCCAGCAGAACAACGACUGCGGCCGUGAGAACGUCGCCAAGAUCUCGGCCGUGGCCAUGUCCGCUCUCAGUAUGGCGAGUUUCGGUGUCUUCGGCCAGCUCGCGAAGCUCGGCAAGAAGGUGACGUGGGCGGUCAGAUGCGUCAACAUGCUCAUGACAGCCACGAGAGCGAUCGUGCGUUUCACGCGUAACCAAAUGGUCAACGACCCGCAGACGUCCCAGGAGAAGCUCCUACUGCUGCUGUACCAGACGAACUACGUCGUCGCCGAUCUUCCCGCUACGAUCUAUGCCUGCAUGGGCAAGAAUGUGCCCGCCAACCUAAACCUGGCCCGUGGUCUGCUCCCCACGGCCCAGUUCGUGUUGCUGCUGGUGCUGAGUUACGACGACGACAUCAUCCACAGUUGGGAGAAGUUCAAGGCCUUCAUGAAGAGGGCCAACUUCACGGAGGCUGCCGAGGCCAUCACGGAUGGUGAGAUCUCGAGUCUCGAGACGGCCAUGAAGCAGAACACGACGUGCGGCGAGGAGAUGCGGUCGCUGACCAACCAGGUCUGGAUGACGGUGAACGAGUACCGCGAGGACAACCCCAAGAUCAAGGAGUCGGAGCUACGCCUGAAGCUCAGCCAGUCGGACUUGAUGCUGUACGACGUCGCCACAGUGACUAACAACUGCAUGAACCAAAUGGCCUCCGAGUCGUCGGUGGCCACCGCCUACAAGACCCGUGAGACUUUGCGCAAGACCUAUGGAGUGAUAAUCGACGACCUCAUCAAGGACGGCAAGAGCGACAACGGUACGUCCAUGGCCGCCAAGCACAACGCCUACGUGUGGCUGGACAACGCCAUCACCUUCGUCUCAGUCGCUUCAGUCCUCAUCGACCCCACAGAUCUGUCGACGCUGUUUGCCGAAUAUCUCCAGACGAUCUGCGGUCCGACGCAGUUCAUGGGCGAGAUCGACGAUGGCGAUGAGGCCGCCACUCUGGGCAUGAACGCGCUCCAUAAGGCCUUCAAGAACAGCACGCUCUCGUGGACCAGGAAGGGCGACGGCGCUGUCAUUAUUAACUUCAAGAGCAAGGACACGAAGGAUGUGACGGUCAACAUCAUGUCUGGAGGUGAUAAGGUCGACGAAGUGGACGUCAAAGCUGGAGGCACUGCCCAGUGGAAAUCAAAUGUCACGGCUCUGGGUGGCAAGACGCUGUACCUCGACCGCUGA